AUGUGGAAGCUCCUCACCGUAGGGGUGCUGCUGGCUGCCUGCUCCUCACCAGUCUGUAGAACCUCAAUAUUUUAUAGCAAUAAAGAUGCAAACCAAGUCCUGAAAAUCCAGAAGAGGUCAAACUCUUUCCUGGAGGAGCUCAAACCAGGCUCUGUGGAGCGCGAGUGCCAUGAGGAGCGGUGUGACUUUGAGGAGGCCAGUGAGAUAUUUGAAACCAAGGAAUUAACAAUGGAUUUUUGGAGCAAGUAUGUAGAUGGAGAUCAGUGUGUCCCACAACCUUGUGCCAAUGGGGCCUGCAAGGACAAUAUUGGAAAGUUUUCCUGCCUCUGUCACAAAGGCUGGGAGGGCUUUUUGUGCAAUUAUGAGGUGAAAUACACCAACUGUUCUGUCAACAAUGGAGGGUGUGAACAUUUCUGCAGGGAGGAGCCUGCCAGGCAGGGCCGCUCUUGUAGCUGUGCCUCUGGCUAUCAGCUGCUGGAGGACCAUACCACCUGCCAGCCUGUGGUGGAGUUUCCCUGUGGGAGAGCAAAAAUGGAUGACAUUGAACCCAAAGCAGGGUUCACUAUUCGCCUCAUCGAGGGAAAAGCAGGAAGAAGAGGAGAAAGCCCUUGGCAGGUUAUGCUGCAGAAUAGCAAAGGGAAGUUCCUCUGUGGGGGUGUUCUCAUCCAUCCAUCCUGGGUCCUAACAGCAGCACACUGCACUGAGGCAGAAGUGGGGCUCAAAGUAAGACUUGGUAAAUUCCACCGUCUCCGUGCCGAGGCAGAGGAACAAACCAUUUGGGUGGAUAAAUGUGUCAGCCAUGAGAAUUACACCAAGGAGACCUCAGACAAUGACAUUGCCAUGCUGCACCUGGCCGAGCCCGUGCUGUAUAACAAAUACAUGCUCCCCAUCUGCCUCCCCACACGCCACCUGGCAGAGCAGGAGCUGACAAGGAGGGGGAAGCAGAUGGUGGUCACGGGCUGGGGUAGCACCAGUGACAUUAACCACAAUUACUCCACCCUCCUCAGCUACAUUCAGAUCCCCAUCGUGCCCCGCAACGAGUGUGCCCAGGCCAUGAGAUCUGCCAUCUCUGACAACAUGCUGUGUGCUGGCAGCUCAGCAGACAAACAGGAUUCCUGCAGUGGGGACAGUGGAGGCCCUAUGAUCACUAAGUACAAGGACACUUGGUUUUUGGUAGGGCUGGUGAGCUGGGGCGAAGGCUGUGGGAGGAAAGAAAAAUUUGGGGUCUACACUAAAGUCAGUCAGUACCUGGAGUGGAUCCAGCAGCACAUAGAUGAGAUGUCAGCUUCUUAUAAAGGUUGA